CGCCCCAUUUCAGAGGAGCCUUCUUGCUAGACGCCUGAAAAUGAAGAGAGCCAGUCUGUUCGUCCUGCUCUCUAGUUUCUGGACUGGAGGUCUUGCAGACAGCAGCACGGCCUCUACGCGGCCUACCCCGGAGGGUGGACGUCCUCAGCAAGAGAUGACCCCAGUGUUCAUUCCUCUAAAUAAAACACACGGUCUUCCAAUGCCACCCGCUGCUGACGUCAUCUCACCCACAGCUCCCGAGGCAAGCACCACUAAAGAAAGUCUGCUCUCAAAGCCGCUUUCCUCCGAGGUGAGCGCACCACCCGGGCUGGAGAGAAAGGAAACUCUCACAUCCAAGGAGAAGACAGAAGAGGGAAUGAUAAGGUCACAAAAGAUUGUCCUCCCGACCAAUCCUGGCCUCAAAAUUAGCCCUGGGGCAGAAUCAGUGGUGCUGUCCAAUUCUACACUGAAGUUCCUUCGCAGUUUUGCCAGACCGUCGAAUCAACAAGAGAGCUCCCGAGAGUCAGGUGGAGAGAUGGGGAAUCGAUCCCCACGGGAAACCUUUCUCAGCAGAGGUGGCACCCCUGGAAGCCAAAGAGCCAAGUCUGAAAAGGCAGCUUUCGAAACGACUCGAGGAAAGAAUUGGUGUGCAUAUGUGCACACCAGGCUAUCUCCUACAGUGAUAUUGGACACCCAGGUCAGUCAUGUUCCAGAGAGGAGAGGGACCUGUGGAUGGUACCAAGGAUUCUGCCCUCAGAGGUCUCAGAAAAUAUCAAAUCCUGUCUAUAGGAUGCAACAUAAAAUCGUCACUUCAUUGGACUGGAAGUGCUGUCCUGGAUUCAGUGGACCGAACUGUCAACUAAAAGCUCCAGAACAGCAGCCAUUGAUACACAGCCCCCAGGAUGAGAGUCACACAGCUGUCGACAACAGGACAACCGCUCAACAGCAGCAGCAGCAGCCGGACUGUGCUGACCCAGCAGUGAUGCAAAAAGUGACCGAACAGAUGAACAACCAGGCAAUGAAGCUGACUCUUCUGCAGAAGAAGAUUGACAAUAUUUCUUUGGCUGUGAAUGAUGUACAGAGCACAUACACCUCCCUUGAAGGGAAAAUCAGUGAAGAUAAAGGCAGAGAAUUUCAAUCUUUUCUAAAAGGUCUAAAAUCCAAAAGCAUUAAUGAGCUGGUCAAGGGACUAGUAAAAGAACAGUUUAAAAGUUUUCAAAAUGAAAUGCAAGAGACUGUAGCCCAGGUUUUCAAGACUGUAUCAAGCCUAUCAGAGGGCCUGGAAGACACCAGGCAAUUGAUUCGACAAGUUAACGAAUCCGUGGUUUCCAUAGCCAUCCAGCAAAAGUCUGUUUUAAUCCAAGAAAAUAUACCCACUUUGACUGAUCUCCUGAAUCUAAAGAAUAACAUUGUGAAUGUAAGGCAAGCAAUGGCUUCCACGUGUGAGAAGCCCAUUAAAGAACUAGAAACCAAGCAGGCGCAGUUGGAAGGCGCCCUGGAACAAGAACACUCAAGAACCCUCCUGUACUAUGAAACGCUCAAUCAGACUUUUUCAAAAAUGAAAGAGGUACACAAGCAGCUUUUAUCAGAGAAACCAGUCUCAGUUCAGAAGAAUGUUCCAGAUAGCAAUGAUGGCACUGAGCACAUGUCCACUCUGCAGGAGAACAUCAAGAAACAGGGUUUGAUGAUGUUGCGAAUGUUUGAUGAUUUAAACAUUCAAAACAAUAAAAUACACAAUCUCACCAUCUCGUUGGAGAAGGAGAAAGCAUCUGUCAGAGGCAAGUGUGAAGACUUAUUUUCAAAGUGCAGGAAAGAUUUCAUGUUGCAAAUGAAGGGCACUGCAGAAAAUGUGCAUGUUUUGAACCAAACAUUGGCUGACGUUCUCUUUCCAAUGGAUACCAGGAUGAAUAAAAUGAGCGAGCAACUAAAUGAUUUGACGUAUGAUAUGGAGAUUCUCCAACCAUUGCUAGAGCAGGGAGCAUCGUUAAAACAGACCGUGAAAUAUGAACAAUCAAAAGAAGCAGUAGCAACCAGGGAAAAAGUGGACUAUCUGGCUAGUGCAGUCGACAACCUAAAAUUUCUUAUCAGAGAACUUACCAAAAAACACAGCUCACUUAGAAGUGAAACCCAGCAUCGUGGUGAUGCUUUAGAAACGCGCCUCAAUGACUACACCUUAGCAGCAGAAGAUGGCUUAAAUAAGACAAUGACCAUUAUAAAUAAUGCCAUUGAUUUUAUUCAAGACAACUAUGUGUUAAAAAAUACUUUAAGUACAAUAAAGUAUAAUCCCCAAGUUCAUCAUGAGUGUUCCCAAAAGAUGGACACUAUUUUGUCCUUCAUUCCUCAACUUCAACGUUUGAAUAAGUCUAUUGCUCUGUUAGUGAAUGACAAUCAAAGAUAUAACUUUGUUUUGCAAGUUGCCAAGGCCCUUGCAGAUAUACCUGAAGAUGAGAAAUUAAGUCAUGCCAGCGUCCAAAAGAUUUAUCAAAUGCUAAAUGAAACUACUUCCAAAAUGAUGAAAUAUCAGGAACAUAUGAGUCUUUUGGAAGAAAAAAUACUUUACAUCACAAAUACUUCCAGAAAUUAUGAAACUCGGUUUCAAGGCAUUGAGUCCAAAGUGACCCAGGCCCUCAUACCUUAUUAUAUUACACUCCAAAACGGCCAGGUGGAUACGAAUGGGAGAGAUCAAGCUCUUCAACUGCAGGUAUUAAAUUCCAGAUUUAAGGCUCUAGAAGCAAAAUCCAUCCAUCUGUCAAUAAACUUCUCUUUGCUUAACAAGACCCUCCACGAAACUGUAAUGAAGUGUCAUAAUGCUUCCACAAGUAUCUCAGAAGUGAAUGCAACGCUACCUAAGAGGAUAAAGGCUUUCCUGCCAGAUAUGCAGCUGCUUCAGAAAGGUCUGACAGAGUUUGUAGAAUCGAUCAUUGAAAUAAAAACUCGAGCUGCUCUAUCUAAUUUAACUUGGUAUAUAGACCAAUCAUUGUCUGGCAGUCUUGCAAAUAUACUUAAGUCUCAGAAGCAAGUGAAAUCGUUGCUGAAGAAACCGAACACAUUUAAGAAGCCAACAGUGAAUGUCACUACUUACCUGGUUGGUCGAGCUCAAAGGAACAUAGACAACAUUAUAUAUCCUGGUAAGUUAUUCUCGGACAACAGACCUUUGCCUGUGAUGAGAAGUGUGACUCGGAAGGACGGAUCUAGCAGCACUGCGCAGGAUGCUUCCAGACAGCGAAAUUUUUCCAAAGGAUCUUACAGAUAUGCACCAAUGGUAGCAUUUUUUGCAUCUCAUACACAUGGAAUGACUACAGCGGGUCCAAUCCUGUUCAAUAACUUGGAUGUCAAUUACGGUGCAUCCUAUACCCCAAGCACCGGGAAAUUCAGAAUUCCCUACCUCGGCGUGUAUGUUUUCAAGUAUACCAUUGAGUCCUUCAGUGCUCAUGUCUCUGGGUUUUUAGUGGUUGAUGGAGUAGACAAGCUUACGUUUGAGUCUGAGAAUGUGAACAGUGAAGUACACUGUGAUAGGGUUUUGACGGGGGAUGCUCUCUUGGAAUUAAAUUUUGGACAGGAAGUGUGGCUGCGACUUGUGAAAGGGACAAUUCCAGUCAAAUUCCCCCCUGUUACUACCUUUAGCGGUUACUUGUUAUACCGCACCUAAGCAUAAGGAAGUUAGUAUGGAAGACAGGUGGUCACCUGGACCGAGAAUGUGGCAGGACUUUGUUAUUGAUCUCUGUAUGCACAUCUGCUGUGUUUUUGGGUGUCUAUACAAAAGUGAACUCAACCUCUUUGUUUAACCGACUAACGCUGUAAGGUUGUUUAUUUCAAAAGAAAGAUUUGAAAAUCUAUCGGUUUAUGAUAGAGUUCUUCUUCUACCUGAAAAGAUUGGAUGGCACACAAAACAAAGUACAUUGAUUAGCCUGUUAUACUUUUGUCAUUUUCACUCAUUUCUCUCUAAAAUGAUCUCAGAAGGGGCAAUCCCACAAUAUUGUCAAUUGCAGCAGUUUUUCUAAUAAAGCAUUUAGCUUUCCUGUGCCAAUAUGUAUGAGUAGAUAAUGCGUUCAUAGAUUUAAGUUCAUAGAUUUAAAUAAACAACUCAAAGACUUA